GCUCUGCUUCCCUCUUCCCCGAGCAGCCUUGUCCGGCGCGCGAGACAAAAAGCUCCGAGGCCCGCAAUGCAAGCUUGCUUCACCCUCAGUCCGCCUUGCAGCACUCCAACCCUCCCGGAUUUAGUUCACGGAAGCUUACGCGAAGCUGCACUGAUUGAUUCUUACCACGCAUCACGCACCCACUUUCGCAAAUACAAAGUUGCUACAUCCUUCCACGCUUCGCCAUGAAGCACUCGCUCUACGAUCGUCUGCUCAGCCGUGAGCUGGGAGGCGACCCCAGAUUCUCUAGCGUCAAGGCUCUUUACGGCGACAGACAGUUUGUCAAGGAUCUUGAUAUUGUCAAUGAGUUGGGAGGACACACAGGUUGCGUCAAUGCUCUGAGUUGGUCAAAAUCCGGUCAGCUCCUUGCCUCGGGCUCAGACGAUCAGCACGUCAACAUCCACAGAUACCUUCCUCAGCACUCAGCCAAUCAAUUCGACUUCACGACUACAAUUGCCACCGGCCACCGCGCAAACAUAUUCUCUGUCAAAUUCAUGCCACAUUCGAAUGACCGGACUGUAGUUACGGCUGCUGGAGACUCGGAAGUCAGGGUCUUUGAUAUUGAAUAUGCUGGACAUUCUACAAUAUCGUCGGCACAGGCUUCGAGUGCCGCAGCCAGUCGUUCUCGUGGCAUUCCGGACGGCGUGCGCUUCUUAGGCGACGGCAACACAAACUGUAGGAUCUUCAGGUCUCACGGUGAUAGAGUCAAGAGGAUUGUCACGGAAUCAUCACCCUGGCUGUUCCUGACAUGCUCCGAGGAUGGCGAGGUCAGGCAAUGGGACGUUCGCAUGCCUAGUUCGGCCUACCCGCAACCCAAUUCAAGAAUUAACGACGACGUCCCGCCAGCACUGAUUUCAUACAAGCGCUACCAUCUUGACCUCAACACCAUCUCUUGCUCUCCUAGCCAGCCGCACUACAUUGCCCUCGGUGGAGCUCAUCUGCACUGUUUCCUCCAUGACCGAAGGAUGACUGGGCGCGACUUGCUUCGCGAGAGGGGCGCUCCGCUCUCCCCAGGCAGGACGGAUCACGACGAUGAACUGAUGAGGCAAGCUACUCAGUGCGUUAAGAAGUUUGCACCGAAUGGACAACAGCGCAUGAAGCGUACAGACAAUGGCCAUAUCACCGCUUGCAAAAUCAGCGAUGCGAACCCGAACGAGAUGGUCGUGAGUUGGUCUGGUGAAUGGAUCUACUGCUUUGACCUUAACAGCAGCCCCGAUGCGGCGGAGGUCACGAAAAGCAAGGUUAAAGAGUCCAAGAAUCGCAAGAGAAAGCGUGCUAGAACAGGUGCUUCACAGGAGAGCACGGAACGGGCUGGGUCGCGCCCUCGCACUGGAGAUGGUGCAAACCGGGAAGAGGAAAUGUCUCUCAUGGUACACUACGAAAACGGCCAGAGCGAAGAGAUCCCGAUCGAGCCUCCCAGGCCACGCAGCCCCAUAUCUGAAGCUCGAGAGGCGGUUCUUCCCGAGGCACAAAGGCAAAGCUUCCGCAUCGCAAAGGCUGUUGUUAGCUUGCGCAAGAACCUUUUCACUCUUGGCGCGCGCAGGAAUGUUAGCGAUUCUGAUCCGACUGGAUAUGCUGUCCCCUUCACAUCUGUUCUUGGUUACGCGGCAUCGAUCCUACCUUCUAUGGACGAGAUUCACCGUACGUGGCGCUACCCGGUAAACCCUCUUGAGGUCGAUGUUGCUUUCCAGAAUAAUCUCAGGGAAAAGAGAGGUUCAGCUCGUCGGUUUGUGCAGGCUGCAGGCACCCUCGCCCGUGUACUUGGCGGGAGACUGCGCGCUAUUGAUCAGAGUUCCCUGUCGUACUUUGAAAAGAUUGUUCCUUCUCCUCGGGAACUACCAGUUAUUGAUCGUCACGAACAGUUUGGCUACGACUUCCUCAAGGCGAUCCUUCUUUGGCUCGAUAGCGGUAUUGGUGCUCUGCUCGAGGGCUUUACCCGCCCCAGUGACGUCUCUAUCACCUCGAACCGCUUUCCUGUCCCUAGCAAUGCUGGCAUCGACGCCAUCGAUGAAAACUUAAUUCCGUAUCUCCUCAAGAUUGCGGACGAUACCACGCCUGUUGUCAACUUGGAAACCUCUGCGUUUGAAACCGAUGAGAACCGGGUUGUCUCCUCAUCCGAGAAGGCUGCCGUCAUCGCCUUUGCGCAGGCCUUGAAGAUCCCAUUUGCUGACCUUUCCAGCGCCGUUGUUUCCACGUCGGAAGCCGGAAGUUCUGCGCCUGAAGCUGUAGGAGCGCAAGACCGGAAGGCUGCGCUGAGAUUUUGGGGCUUCAAAGUCGGACGUGGCUUGCUGAUGAACGCAGGUCAGGGCAUUGAUUUCAGGCUGGUGGACCAAGCCUUUGGUGGUUUGGGCAGAGGUGAUGCCAGUGUGAGACAGGACGAGGCGGCGAUUCGAAACAGGUUGCAAAGUAUCGACACUGAUGAGGAUGAUGAGCCUGUGGAAAGCGCCAGCUUGGUGCGUCGUCCUCACGAGAACGCUGAGGCUGAUGAUGAGGAAGUGAUCAAUCUUGAUGACCUCCACGAGGUGGUUGAAGAGAGUCAAGAAAACCGCGGAGACGAGGAAGACGGUGAAGAUGAAGACGACGACGACGACGACGACGAUGAUGAUGAUGAUGAUGAUGAUGAUGAAGAUGAGGAUGAUGAAGAUGAGGAUGAUGAAGAUGAUGACGACCCCAACCACAGAUUCCUCUUCCGCUCUGCGUUUGAACGCACUCGUCUCAAGGAGAAGGUUGAAGCUGACAUUCCAUGCUCGUCACACACGCGCCAGUAUCGCGGUCACUGCAACGUGAAGACCGUAAAAGAUGUUGGAUUCUUUGGGUUGAACGAUGAGUAUAUCGUCAGUGGUAGCGAUUCCGGACAUCUUUUCAUCUGGGACAAGAAGACUUCACAAAUAGUCAACAUACUCGAGGGCGAUGGCGAGGUGGUCAACUUAACCUUAGUAGGUCACCCAUACGAGCCUGUAAUUGCCGUCUCCGGUAUCGAUCACACCGUCAAGAUUUUCAGUCCCGACGCCCUCGCCCGUCGCAACGCCCGUCUUGGCAUUGGCGUCACUCAGUCAGACAGCUCUACUUUCAGCUCCAUAUCUCUCGGUCGGAUGCGCCGUCGGCAGCGCGGCCAGGCCGCCGAAGAUGAUGACCCGGUCGACACGACCACCGUCCCUGAAGGAGAAGAAGACGAAGAUGAGCGUGCUGCUCCAGGAGGAUUGACCAGUAGACGCAGAAUGCACGACGAGUAUCGUAUCACCAGCGAAAACGACGUCGCCCGUGCUGGCGGAAGCCGCGACACCUUCAUCACGGUGAGUAGAGAUUCAUUUGCGAUGUACACGCUUCACUCGAUUAUUCCGCUGCAUCCAUUCGAUGCCUUUACUCGCCUGUACGGGAGAGGCCCAGCGAAUCAUUACGCACGCCGCUUCAGCACCUUUUACAGAAUGGAGUACAUGAAUGCCCGCCUCAUGACGUUGUACCUUGAACACAAACUGCUGGGAGUGUCAGGGCACGAAAUUAGUCAGAGGCCGGACGUUGCUUGACGUUUUUUUUUUUUU